AUCAACGGCGGCGAGGACUCGCUGUUCCACGCGCGCAACAAGCAGAACCUGGUGUUUGGCGUGGCCGACGGCGUCGGCGGGUGGAACGACUCGGGCAUCGACCCGUCGGUGUUCAGCCGGUCAUUGACAGCCUACUCGGCCGAUGCGGUGCAGCGGAGCUUCCUCCUGCACGAAUCUGACGACGUCGACCCCAAGGAGGUGAUGCGGCGGGCGUUUGCCAACAUGCGGUUCGACCAGAUCCCCGCAUACGGGAGCUCGACCGAGCUGAUUGCGAACCUGUCUUUGGCCACCGGCACUUUGCGGACAGCGCAGCUCGGCGACUCGACGUAUGUGGUCCUGGACGCAAAGCAGAAGGCCAAGUUUGUGUCGGCCGAGCAGCAGCACCGGUUCAACAUGCCGUACCAGCUGACCAUUCCGCCCACCGGCGACACGCCGCCGAAUUUGAAGCGUCAGAAAACCGAUACCCCUCGUGAUGCGCUGGAAGAGAUCGUCUACCUGGCACACAACAACAUGGCGAUUAUUGCUACCGACGGGCUGUUUGACAAUAUG